AUGUUCUCUUCAUUAUUGCGCCCUGCGCGUAGCCGGCGAAAUCGCGAUCGAUCGCCGUUCUCCUCCUCAUACGCCCCUACUGUUCGCUCUCCAGACACGUCGCGCAUUCGCGCCUUUCGAAUCCGCACACGGUCCGAGGAAAGAGGACGCGGCAAUCUGGGACAAGACGAUGAACACAUCUCGGACAUCGAGGAAGAGGAGGACGACGACGAAGAUAACGAGGAUGAAGAUCUAUUCGGGGGGGUAGAGGACGAGAAUCACAUGUUGGAUGGCCUCGACGAGGAUGAGGCUGCGGACACUGCACCACUGCUGCCCAUCUUCUCGGCCGCACACCUUGACGCAAUACCUGUGUUCUCACUGACUCAUGCGAUUCGGAUACUGGUUACUUCUCGCUGCGACACAGUCCUCAGCUGGGAGCAACUUCGCUCACCGCAAGUGUCUCAGUUCCUGCUUAAGCCGGUCGAGCAGGAGAUUCGCAAGAAUCAUCUCAAUGCUGCCACGCACUAUGCUCUCAUGGCAAAUUGUCUGCAAUAUGGCAAAGAAGCAGCCGUAGGGACUGGCAAUAGCGGCACCAACAAAACCCGAGGAAUGGUCUGCGAGCUUCUUGCUAUUAGGUUGCUCAAAGACUAUUCCACUCGCGACUUGAUCGAUGCUCUGUCCUACGACUUUGAUCCUCUACAGGGUCAACUUGAUGCUGUGGGACAAGACGGUGAAGGGAGACGUGGAAAUGCCAUGUUGACGAAACCGCCCCAGCGUCCAGCCAGAAUAUCUUGCUUUGAGAUUGCUAUUCGUGCACAGGCAAAGAAGUUCCUCUCCCAUCCUACCGUCGUAAAGCAACUUGAAGCCAUCUGGGCUGGCACCAUUGUAUUCCAUUCAGCCGCCGACAACCUGCACCGGAAGCUUCCAUUUCAGCGGCAGUCUAGAAGCUAUGGCACCAACGACGCUGAACCAGGCACAAAACGCAGGUCUAUCAGUUUCGACGGCACGCAUCCUCGUCGCGCCGUCACGAUCUAUAACCCACGAGAUGCCUCGUUAUUCAAGCUUUCCCGCCUACGAGUCCCGCGUUACAGAAACAUCUUGUCCACAACGUCCUUUGCGGUCUUGUUGAUCCUUUUCGUUGCCGUCCUGGUCCAACGCUCCUUGGAGAUAACCACACUUGAGGUUGUCUUCUGGUUUUGGGCCGCCGGGUAUAUGCUCGACGAGAUCGUCGGCUUUAAUGAACAAGGAUUCAGUCUAUAUCUGGCCAGUUUCUGGAACGUUUUCGACCUCGGAAUUCUGUUGAUCUUAUUCGUCCAUCUGGCACUGAGGAUAUAUGGAAUUGUUAUGCCGGAUGUCAAGAAGCUCACCGUGGCCAACAUGGCCUACGACGUUCUUGCCGCCGAUGCAAUCCUCCUUUUCCCUCGACUUUUUUCGGUUCUCGACCAUUAUCGUUACUUCUCACCCUUGCUGAUAGCCUUCCGCUACAUGGCAGCUGACCUUGUUGCAGUAUCUCUGCUCAUUGUCAUCAGCUGUAGCGGCUUUUUUGUGGCUCUGACAUUAUCCUUUGGCGACGAUGGAGUCGAUUCUCCAAGCUCAGUAGCCUAUGCUCUGCUACAGAUGGUAAUGGGGUUCACGCCAGCAGCCUGGGAUCGAUGGUCUGAAUACAAUGUUCUGGGGAAAACGAUCCUGACCUUGUUCCUGUUCAUCUGUCAUUUCCUUGUGGUUACCAUUCUGGUCACUGUGCUGACAAACUCCUUCAUGGCCAUUGUGCAGAACGCCAAUGAAGAACAUCAAUUUCUAUUCGCUGUUAAUACGAUAUCACAUGUCAAGUCGGACGCGUUAUUCUCAUAUGUAGCGCCUGCGAACAUUCUUCAGUGGCUGCUCGUUCCUCUCCGGUACUGUGUUCCAUUUCGGCAAUACGUGAGGAUCAACAGGACGACGAUCAAGCUCACCCACUUCGCAAUUCUGUUCACCAUCUUCACGUACGAGAAAACUGUGCUACAGUCCACAGUAUUCGAUAGCAUCGAUCUCGUCGAACGUCGAGGCCGCAAGCGACCUGCUGCUCAGUUCAGUCGGCUCCAUCGGGCGCCGUCAAUUGCGACUUUCCGACAAGAUAAGGCCCUUGAAGAAGUCUUCAGGCGACCUUUUGACAGCACGGUGCGUGGUGAGCGACAUCGUAGAAAGGCGAGCAACGUUGUCAAUAGUUGGAUGAAUGGUAUGGGGGAUGACGGAGCGGCUCCGCCACAAGAACAGGACAGGCGUAUCGUCGACAAACUGGAAGCGAGGACAAAUAAACCCAGGCUAUUAGCCCCUUUCGUCCGUGCUCGCACUUUUUCUCGGCGCACUAUGUCUGCCAUGUCUGAUCCCGAGGACUUUGCUACGAAUGCAGAUAUUUUCUCGGCCGACGAUAACAAUGCUGUUCACGAACCCCCAAGGGCAUCGCCUCAGCAUCAACCUACCCAUCUCUCGGAUGGCGAUGAUGGUGACGGGGACGAUGAGCUACCCACGAAUGACGAGGGAGAUGAGGACGAAACGACUACAUUCGACCAUCGCUCGCCAAGGCUCAAACCACAAUCUCUCCAGCUUGAUGGGGAAUUGCUAGAUCGCGAGUAUUUUUCCAGCGGCCCAGGAUCGGCCAAUUCCCUACCGCAUUCAGCUGUAUCGUCUUCUCUUCAGCGAACGAGACAUUGGGGUGAACGACCUGGAAGACAGUCCCCUAUACAACCAUCACCAAAACACCGCCCUCAUCAGCAUUCCCGCAAUGUGUCGUCUACAACCAUGAUAUUUAACCCAACUGAUGAUACCAGCGCUGAACCAUCGUCGUCAGCAGGGCAGACAACGGCCGUGCACAGUCAAGCUGGUGGGCACCUUCCGACUUCCGGGGCACAUACACCAAUAUCCAAAUCGGCCGCAAAUGCUACAGGUCAACGAUCGCCAAAGCGAACGACGGCCGGGCCCUAUCGAAUGCGGCCUUUUCUCCCUGGUAAAGAUGACCCAGCAAUUCGCUCAACACCAAACCUUUCCCACAUAUUGGAAACCAAGGCACGAGCCAACGCUGUACGACGCAGGCCAUCACUUGAGAUGGAUUUGGUCUCAGAUAUUGGAGACAACCGGGCUAUUGGAGGUGGAUAUGUUGGUGCGCUCCCAGUGUCACUGGCUGCCCGGAUGGAGAAAGGCAUGGCAGAAUCUCGUCAUCUCCGAGCUCAAAAGCAGGAGCAAGAGAGAUUCACCAAGAUCAUGAUGGCUCGGAUGAAUAGCCUCGAGGAGGGCUUUAGGGAAGUAAUUCACGAAAUGCGCGACCACAUGAAGCAAGAUGAGCUGAGUCGAAGUCGUGAAAGGGUGUCUAGACCUAAAUCCCGCCAGAAAAAGGUCAAGGGGAAAGAGGCAUAUCGACCAGCAACGGCGGGAGGGGAUAAGGAGAAUGUCGAUCCUGACACGGCGCAACUCGAGAAAGAAGUCGACAUGAGUGAGGUCAAAACCGAGGAUGCUGGCUCAAGAGCUAUUGACGAGGGUGGCACAGCAGGCGAGAGACCAGCAUCUCGUUGA